CCCCUCCCCCCUCAGACCUCCCCCCUCGUUCUGAAUGAAUCUCAACUUCACCGCUCCUCCCCCAUUGGUGGAGCCGCUUAAUUGUGAGUCUGGACCAGAGGUUGAUUCAAACAGCGCGUACUCCUCCUGCUACAGGGACCGACUUCACUGCACGCGGGCGUCCUUUCUGUGGAUCAUCAGCUUCGUGAGGUCUCCUCCGGUAGAAGUCACCUCCGCUAGAAGUCACCUCAGGUAGAAGUCACCUCAGGGAGAAGUGACCUCCGGUAGAAGUCCCUCUGGUUCAGUGCCCCUCCGUUUCAGAGCUCUCCGUUUCAGAGCUCUCCGGUUCCGAGCCCCUCCGGUUCCGUGCCACUCCGGUUGAAGUCCCCCGGUUCAGAGACCCUCCAGGUGCAGCAUGCAGGUGUCCCUCGCGUUGCUGGCCUCCGGCUGGCCGCUGCUGCUACUGCUGCUGCGGGGAGGCGAGGCGGGAGGCUGGGCGCGGGGCCUGGUCAAGAACGACGCAACGGAGGUCAUACCUGGAGCCCCCGAGGAGGACCUGAGCAGCAACACAACAACAACAACAACAAACAACAACAACAACAACAACAACAACAACAACAACAACAACAACAACCAUACAAUGGAUAACAGGGCAAAAUCCGGCGGCAGGAGAUCGCCCAGCACCGCAUCCUACAGUGAGUCCCUGUUCGACUUUGUUAAAAAAAAAAAGGAAAUAGGCUACUCAAAAAUGUCUUAGAUAUUUUUGGAACUUAAAUUAAGAAUUGUGUUGUAACUUUUGAUUGGAAAAUAAUAAAUUCCAUGGCUUAUUGCGCUACAUAAUUUUCUUUACUAUUAUUGAAGCCUCGGUGUUACAAAAAAAUAGUUAUUUAGAACGAAAUAAGUUAAUGUGACCUAAAUAAUUUGGAGCGACCUAAAUAACUUAAUUUUAUUUGUGGAGGAGCGUAGAUUUUUAGCUUUAAACUGCAGCCUAUAACUUUAGUGUAAGAACUGAUCUCACGUUAUUAUUUUUUGUUCGUAUUCCAUUCACAUAAAUAGAGAAGGUCCACUAUACAAUCAUCUUGAUUAUAUUGUUGAUUUGGAAGCAUAAUCUUUUUUAUUUGAUAUCAACCUUUUUUAUUUGCUAUGAGCACAAAACAUGCCCAUUUUUUAAAGGCAAAAUUGUAUAUAUGGUAAAUGUAUAGUGUAAGUACACGUGUACAUUAUUUGUACAUUCUAUUACAGUAAUUUCA